UAAGAGUCCGAAUGCUUUAAACACUUACGUAUUUGAUCAUUUCUACCGCUGCUAGCCUGGCCUAGUGUAUUUGUCUUUAUGUACUGGAUUCUAAAUUAUCCCUGUUCACUUCCCCCCCUGCCUGUGAGACACAGAGAUAACUAUGUCACAACCUGCACCGUAAUCACCGCGUUGCCAAGCAAUGUGCACCUGCCCCCGUUGACCUGCCUCUGCCCGCUACACGAGUGCAACACCGAAGCUAGUCUCUGUAUGCAUCCAGACACCGGAGCAGUCGUUACCUCCGGUCUAACAGGGCAUUUCGCUCCCAUGGAAAACCACAGCGCUGUACGACUACGCUCAGUUCAUUACGCGCUAAAGGCCAAGGAAAUUUGGUAUAACUUUGGGAGAUGUCAGAAAGUUCCUCAGGUGUGAACACAAGCAGUGGCAGUUUUCCCAAAUCCCACUCCUCCCAGUAUUCUGAAAUCAGCAUCACACACACACCCCUCUCCGUGGACCAGAGUCCAGAUUCCGGAAUCGUCAAAACCCCUCUGCCGUCCAGCCGGUUCAGGUUCGUGUCGUGGCAGCGGCUUGAGGAGAGUGAUGUCAAAGGAGACCAGCUCUCCUGUCCCAGGGUCAGAGAAGGGCCGUCAGUGGAGGACCUCUUUCUGAGAAAGGACGACAUCCCCUUGGAAUGGGGGAGGAGGAAGAGGAGAGAGGAGGAAGGGCAGAGGUGGGAGGAGAGGCUUCAAGAGAACUGGGAGAAUUGUGUGGAGCUGAAUCUGUCCUAUCAGGACUUGGGAGAUCCGUUCCAGCAGGAAAACUUCCGUCGGAUCCUGAGGAGGCUGAUCCGAGUGGAGAGACUCCAGCUGAUCAAUAACUCCCUCACAGACCUGAGUUCUAUAUGCCUGCCAAGGUGCCGAAGCCUGAAUCUGCAUUGUAACCACCUGACAUGUAUACGUCAGCUGCCAAAGCUCCCGGCCGUGGAGCACCUGUGUCUCUCUGAGAACGGCAUCUCAACACUGAGGGGACUGGGGGCUCUGGGAACCAGCACACUCCACUCCCUCACACUCAGAUCUAACCCUGUCAACUACAUACAGGACUACCGUGCACGUGUGUUCUCUUGUUUGCCAAAACUAAGAGUUCUGGAUGGAAUCCCCAAGCUGCCAGAAGAUUCCAUGCCUCCUGGACUCCAACUCCCAGCAGCCACCAGAAUGUGUAACGUUCUGUGACAUCAAACUAAGGGGCUUUGGAAAUUCCAUAAAUAAUAAUAAAAGUAAUUCCAUAAAUAAUGCACUGACAACAUUUUUAGUAGGCCUACUAAUACUGUAUAUUGUGUAUAUUUUAUGACUGAAUAUAUAAGAUGUUUUUAUACAUUAUACUGUUAAGAGUUGUUUUUACUCGUACUGGGUUAUGUGACUGGGCUGUGUUAGGCAUUUGGCUGAUCUAGGAAGACACUGAGGCUCAUGUUGGAACUUGGC